AUGUUCAGAUCAAGUCUCAAGUCAAUUAGAUCCUUCCACUCAACCAUUCCAAGAUUCGUCAAGGUUGGUGACUCAAUUCCUUCAAUUUCUUUAGCCUUCCAAAGUCCAGGUAAUUCCAUCGACUUAUCCAAAGAAUUGGCUUCAGGUAAAAGUGUUAUAAUUGGAGUUCCUGGAGCUUUUUCACCCGGAUGUACUCAAAGUCAUUUACCAGGAUAUUUCUCUAAAAUCAAGGAAUUUGGUGCUAAAGGUUAUGAAAAAUUCAUCGUGGUUGCUGUUAAUGAUGCUUUUGUCAUGAACUCCUGGUCAGAAACUUUUGGUGACUUACCAGAAGUCAAAUUCGUUGCUGAUGCUUCAGGAGAUUUCGUUACCGCUUUAGACUUGAAGUUCGAUGCUUCCAAGUUUUUUGGUAAUGAAAGAGCCAAGAGGUUUGCUUUGUUGGUCGAAGACGGGGCUGUUAAGGGAAGUUUUGUUGAACCUGAUAACACCAGUGUUGAUGUUUCAGCAGCAGACAAGGUUUUACCUGAAGCUUAG